AUGGCACGAAGAAAAACGAGACAUAGAAUCACAAUCAUUGGCUUAUCUUCCAUUGUUCUUGUAGCUGCUGUUGUGGCUACUGUGGUUGGAGUAACUCAAAGCAAAAUUGGCAAAUUUGGGGGCGAAAAUAAGUCCAUGUCUUGUACUAUCAAAGCAUUGUGCAAUGUUACUUUGUAUCCAGAUUCAUGUUACAAUAUCAUGUCUCCUCUUGUGAAGUCUGACAAUUUCAAGCCCGAAGAUAUCUACAAAUUGUCAGUCCAAGUCGCGAUGAACGUGCUUUCUAUGGCCUCAAAAGAUUUCUUUGAUGAUGGAAUCAAGAAAUUCAAUAUCACAGAUAAAAUGACAGUUGCUGCCUUGGAAAGUUGCCAAUAA